AUGAACACUGUGCUUAUCACAGGAGCCUCAGCUGACGGAAAAAUUGUGAAGGAGAAAAAGCCACAUGUCAUCGUGCAUUCAGCUGCUCAGCGGUUUCCUGACAAGGUUGAGAAGGAUUACGACGCCAGCUACGCACUUAACGUCACUGCAUCCAAAAAUCUAGCAGCUUUAGCCGAUGCCGUAGGAGCAGCGUUCAUCUUCAUAAGUACAGAUUAUGUGUUUGAUGGACGGGAUCCGCCCUACUCCGAAAGCGCCAAGCCCAACCCUUUAAACAAGUACGGCACGACGAAAGCAGAGGCUGAGCGAGCAGUGCUCUCUGCGAAACCAGACGCAAUCGUGCUGCGCGUUCCCGUGCUGUACGGAGGGGAGGAGUACGUCGCCGAGAGCGCCGUGUCGGUCUUGUGCCAGCUGCUGAACGACCGCACGAAGCACGUGAAGGUGUCGGAUUACGAGAUCCGCUACCCGUCCCACACUGAGGACAUUGCGUUCAUCGUUGUCCAGCUUGCCGAGCGUCGACUUAAGGACCGGAGCGUAAGCGGCGUGUACCAAUGGUGUGGCCUGGAGCCACUCACCAAGUACGCCAUGGUGCGCGCCAUCGGCCAAGCACACGGGCUCAGCACCGACCACGUGUCGCCGGACGCCGAGCCGAGCAGCGGCGCCCCGAGGCCCCGAGACUGCCGGCUCGAGCACUCCAGGCUUCAGCAGCUCGGCAUCGCCCGCCACACGCCGUUCGCCCAGGGUGUCGCCGGGUUCGCCAGGUUCCUCCAACCCGCCGCCGGACAGCAGCCGUGAAAGAUGCUGUUCUUGCACAUAUGUGACCUUGCUACCCUUUUUUAUAUAUAUAACGUGUGCAAUAUUGGAGGAAUGGACUUGUGCAAUAUUGAAGUAAUGGAUGCAGUGCACUUUCUCCGGAGCUGUGCAUUCGCGGGGCAGUGCCAUAUGUUUUGUGGCACGUCGACACCUUAAUUCAAUGCAUCUGGCUACGACCCUCUCGUCGUCCGUUGCGUGUGUACCGCUCGUGAUUGGCUGUCAUGGUGGCUUCUGCUACGGCCUAUACUCUGUUGCGGAUGUCGGGCGUGUGUGUGUGUCGCAAAAUUUUUGUCUCUAUUCCUGCGCUGUAAAAUUUAGACCGUUUGUAUGCCGAAAUGUUUUCAUGUGCAGUCGAAUAAUGUUCUUUGUGCGAUCUUUGUGUAGAGUGCUCUUAUGGAAGUGAUAGAAGUGAUAUGGAUUGCACAGAAAACGAAUGGAAUUAUUUGACUGCAUGCGGAACGUUUUGGUCGGUAUGCAGUUAUACAAAUUACGAACAUGCACAUUGCUGAAGAAAAUAUAGAUUUCUCGAUUCCUUGUAGCCUUGUUGUUGCUGUAGGGUGUAGAGCGUUAAUCGGGUCCAGGCUGUAUAUAGGAAGCGCUACAUCUCCGUUGAAAUUGUAAUGUGCAGUUCAAUAAGUCGAGGAGGCGAGAAUUACGCGGAAUAAUCAUGAAACCUGUAAGAACAUAGUGCAGAUUACAAUGGAAUGGCGUACUGGGCUACUACCAAGCGUUGCAACAGGAAUUGGCGCUAGCGCAUGAUAGAAACCUGCCCUCUCGUCUACGCAUACGCAGUAGCGCAACAUCCGUGCCGCUUACGGGAUUUGCAGUCUGCUGCGACUCGUGCGUUGUAUGCGUAGGACGCGUGCAACGAUGUCGCACUUAAAAGUAAAACAUACGAAACUUUGACGCUCGGUCUCGGUGAGCCAACUUCGUGGUCAUUCCGCCAUAUUUUAAUACUUUUUUACGACACAUAAGCCUGCCUCUUGAACGUACGUGUGUGCCUUUUUUUUUUUUUU